AUGCAGGGGUUGAAGUCACUCAAAUCGGCGCUAGUGGAGUACGUCAAGAGCUGCGUCGCUGAGAGGCGGUCGGCGCCGGCCAAUCACCCUACUGGGCCAAGUAACUCCCCCCUGGACGACGACGGGAUCGAAACAAAGGCGGCGUUUCAAGCUGGCGUGAGUCGCCCGGCGGAUUUCGGCACGCACGACACUAGAACUAGCGGGCAUGUUGGCGGUGGCGAGGCCGACUUGGUAGGAGGAGAGGAGCGGAGGGCAGGGUCCGAUGAGGAGUCGGUGGAGGUGUCAGAGUCAGAGUCAGAGUCGGGAUCCGAGGAGGAGGAGGAGGAGGAGGAGGAGGAGGAGGAGGAGGAGGAGGAGGAGGAGGAGGCAGGGAAGAAGGCUUUCAGCGCUGAGGCGGACACCGACGCCGGUGUGCAGGGAGCGGACGUGCAGGACCGUGGCGGACAUGUGGAGGUUGACGUGACGAAUGUCGCCGAACGGGGUGCUGGUCGUGACCCGAAGUUGACCGGCGGGACCGGCAUAAAUGCCGCGUCGGCCGGCAAAGGAGGGGGGGACCAGUCUCGUAUGAAGGCGCAGGCGCAUGGUCAUCCGGCAUCGACCAACCCUUCUAAGUCGGCGUCGGCAGCCGCCCUCGCUCACGUGAAGCGGCUGGAGGCGGAGAACAAGAGACUCAGAGACGAGAAUGCAGGGUUGCGGUCGGCGCUGGAUGCCGAGAGGGGUCGGACGGAGGGGUUGUUGGCAACGGCGGCUGGAUGCCUCGAGGGUGUCAAGUCGCUGACCGAACGCGUCGCCGCCGCGGAGCAGACUGCGGGGACACACGUCUCUAAAGCGACAGCAGCCAUGAGCGGCGUUUUCGCCAAGGUCCUGGACGAUCGGGUGGCUUUGGUCAACGCGUGCAGCAGCAUGGCGACGCCGUUGUUGGGGGAAAUUUCUAAGGGAUUGGACAGGCUCAAAGUCGACCGCCUUGACGCCGACCUGCGGUUGGGGAACCACGUGACCAGCGUGGGGGAGAACGUGAAGACCGUGUUGGCCGAUUACAUCCAGGCCCAGCUGGCCUCGACUUCCACCAAUAUCGUCGGCGGCCUAUCCCGCAGCAUCCCGCCCCCACCUCCCGGUCCAUCCCCCGCGCUGCCAGCCGAAGUCAUCAAGACAAUAAGGGAUGACUUGGUUCAGGCGGUGACCGCUAUCACGCAGCAGGCACUGGGUACCGUCGGCUACACGCUCCUGCCCAACGUGCUCGCUACAAUGAGGCAUGGGCGGCGUGGUUCGUCUCCGUCGGCCGGGGACGUUGACAGCGUGCAAAGGCAGAGGCCGGAGAAGAGGGCUGGCAGCGGAGUAGCGGCCGACGGCGACGACGCCGGCAAUUCAAAGCGGAGUAAAGGUGUCGGUGGUAACCGCACAGUCGGCGGCGACGUCCCAGCUCCAGAUCGGUCACGGUCUCGUUCACCGAGAGUGGACACGAUGCUGAAGGAAAAAGGGGGGGCGACCGUCCGACUACUCGGCCCGCAGAGUAGAGGCGGCGCUGACGGAAGCGCGGAAGGUAGGACUGCCGCCGCGGAGAGGGUGCAGACGGGCGGCUCCUCAUCUCACGCCGCUGGACAGAAAGGUCCAGAGGUACCCCGUCCUCGUGCUCCCGAGGUUGCACCACUGCAGGCCGGCGUCGGCGGUAAUCUGGAAGCUGCUGGGGUGCAGGCCGACGCGGUGCUACCCACCUCCCACCCGGCGAUCGAAGCAAGUGCCAACAACGACGGCGUCACUGUUGCUAUUGGGGUGCAGGCCGACGCCGUGCUCCACACCACACACCCGGCGCCGUCGAGCCACUUGCAGGCACAGGCUGGGGAGGUUCCCGCUCCUUCUGUCGGCGGGGAUGGGGGCACAGGCGAUCCCGGCGCGGUGCUUGAGGACCCCCUGUCAAGAGUGCUGAAGGAGCAGCUUCGCGCACUUCAGGCGCCCUUGCACCCGCCAUACGUCGCGGUUCCCGACGACGGUGUCCCAACACCUCGCGUGGGUCCGCAUCCCGUCGCCGGCCCCUCGACAAUUGCACCCUCCACGGAGCAUCCAGUCGGCGGUCCCGCACCAUCGGACCCGGUCGCGGCCAUGCUGCUGGCCGAGAUCAACGCGCGUCAGGCGGCAGCACCAUCCCCUCACUCGACGGCAACCGGUCCCAGUGCGCCGACCACGCAGCACACCGUCGGCGGUCCCGCCCCAUCGGACCCCGUCUCUGCCAUGCUGCUGGCCGAGAUGAACACGCGUCAGGCGGCAGCACCAUCCCCUCACCCGCCGCCAACCGGUCCCAGCGCUGCGCCGACCACGCAGCACCCCGUCGGCGGUGCACCCUGUCGGCGGUCCCGCCCCAUCGGGCCCGGUCUCGGCCAUGCUGCUGGCCGAGAUGAACGCACGUCAGGCGGCAGCACCAUCCCCUCACCCGCCGCCAACCGGUCCCAGCGCUGCGCCGACCACGCAGCACCCCGUCGGCGGUGCACCCUGUCGGCGGUCCCGCCCCAUCGGGCCCGCGCUGCGCCGACCACGCAGCACCCCGUCGGCGGUCCCGCCCCAUCGGACCCGGUCUCGGCCAUGCUGCUGGCCGAGAUGAACGCGCGUCAGGCGGCAGCACCAUCCCCUCACCCGCCGCCAACCGGUCCCAGCGCUGCGCCGACCACGGUGAAAUUGGGCGAGGCCGUACAGCAAGGAGCGGCGGACGAGACGGAACAGGCGGUUCCACCGCAUGACCAGGUCGGCGCGGCGUCUGAGAUAAACGCAGCUGGUGCGGAGGCCGGGGCCGGUGGCCUAGGGGAGAUGCCGAUUGACCCGAUUUUCAACACCAUUAUCAUCGCGGACGACGAUGUCAUCGCGGACGAUGAAGUGGAAUUGAUUAGAGGGUUGAUAGACGCAGACGCACUGGCCGAACAGCAGGCUGGGGCAGCCAUGUCGGCCGACGUUGCUGAGACCGGGCCGCCGCCGGACCGAUCGGCAGGCGUCAUGGCGGGCCAGGCAGGCGUUUCGGUGGCAGGCCAGGCCGGCCAGACAGUACCUACGGGCCGGUCGGCAGGCGCCACAGUGGCAGACCGGGCGGGUACUACCGGACCGUCACGCCACCCUGCUGUCGUUUCAGUGGCUGGACAUGCCGAGCAGGAAGGACAAGCCGACCGUACGGAGGCUGUCGCCGAACAAAAGAGGAAGCGGAAGGGUAAAGCCGCCGCAUCGAAGAAGCAUGUCGCGGCGAAAGAUCGCAGGGGGCAUGGUAUCCGGGUGGACCGGACGAGCGGUGGCGGGUGGCAGGGCGAGAUCAACGUGGCUGGAAAAUCGCGCUACACGGGUCGGUCAGACGACAGGAUGGAGGUGGCUUACCUCAAUGCCCUUGCGAUGUCCAUCUUCGACGGUUACAUCAGCCCAGUCGUGUUGGGCGAGAUGACCAGCGUUAAAGAGGACGACAUGACCAGCUGGAAGUCGGAGUGGGAAGCGGCGAAGGUGAUACCGAAGGGGAUGUGGACGGUGAUGUGGGCCCGCGGCGCCGUCAUGUUUCGUCCACGGUUCCAGACUGUCCUCGCCGACUUCAAACAGAAGACGACCUCAGGCCCCUGGCUGGUGAAAAUGCUGAGGCCGGCUGUGUGGUUCGGCGAUGAUUCGGACCCGGCCAAGCGUAAGCAGCAGUUCAGCGACAUCAUCAACCGCGUUUCGAUGUGCGCGGCGUUUGGCCCAGUAGCAGCCACUGCCUUGCCGAGAUCUGAGCUGGAAGCUGCUCGGCUGGCCGAGGCUGUCGCUGCUUCAUCUUGCGCCGUGUGGUGCUUCGCCGAGACCGAGGCCACGGUCAGCCAAGCGGCGGGUGAAGGGAAGGCGGCGGCACUGGUUUGUCGUGCGAGCACCGACUUUGCCGACCUCUGUCACAGCGUCGUGGUGGCGGUGAUGGAAACGGAGAUUUCGAGGCAGGCCGCCCCGGACGAGGUUCCGUGCGACGUGACAGACAGAUUGCAGAGUGCUGCCCUUCGGAAGGUCUACCGGGACGACAACCCCAAGCCCGAAGCCGUUCUGAUCGCUAGGACGACCAUCGAGACCCUCGCCUUUUGGGGGUCGUGCAACGCCGGCGGCCCCCUUCUCCGACGACGCGGCAUCGAUGUGCCGGUGGACAAGAAGAUGUCGCACGAUAUGGAGCUCAGGGGUAAGAAGGGACAGAAGGGACAGAAGGCGAAGCACGCCGCGGUCGCGUGA